AUGGCGGCGGCGGUACCGGUACCGGCUGGGGUGGGGGGUGACGAGCUGAGACAGCAGCUGAGCGCGGCCCUGAAGCCCGAGGAGGAGAUCGACGACGACGAUGAUGAGGUGAGGGCUGCGCUGGGCCCGAGGGAAGCCGCGGACUCGCGUGAGGCGCGGCCCCGGGGCGCGGGGAGGCGGCUCCCGGCUCAAGCCCCCGCGGCCCCGGCCCCGCCUCCCACUGCGGCUCCCGGCAGCCCCCGCGGCCCCGGCCCCGCCUCCCACUGCGGCUCCCGGCAGCCCCCGCGGCCCCGGCCCGCCUCCCACUGCGGCUCCCGGCAGCCCCCGCGGCCCCGGCCCGCCUCCCACUGCGGCUCCCGGCAGCCCGCGGCCCCGGCCCCCGCCUCCCACGCGGUCCCGGCAGCCCCCGCGGCCCCGGCCCCGCCUCCCACUGCGGCUCCCGGCAGCCCCCGCGGCCCCGCCCGCCUCCCACUGCGGCUCCCGGCAGCCCCCCGCGGCCCCGGCCCCGCCUCCCACUGCGGCUCCCGGCAGCCCCCGCGGCCCCGGCCCCGCCCUCCCACUGCGGCUCCCGGCAGUCCCCGCGCCCCGGGCUCCUCACGCGCCAUGUUUGUGCCUCGGUCCCUGAAGGUGAAACGGACGGACGAGAGCGACGGGAGCGUCUGCAAGAAAAGUAAAGGGAUUUCCAACAAAUUCUCCUGCCCCAAAGAUCAGCACAGUCCAGCUGUGGCCCCCUCCCUCCGCUCCACCGAGCAGGGGUUUGGAGGGUGUGGGGCGGGGGAGGAAGAGGAGGAGAUGGUGAAGGAGCGCAGUGAGAGCCAGCGCUGGGCGGAGCCGGGCGAGCCGGCCUGUGUGAUGUGCGGACGCUAUGGGGAGUACAUCUGUGACCAGACAGACAGCGAUGUGUGCAGCCUGGAGUGUAAAACACGGCACCUGGCUGUGUGCGGGGCGGGGGGAGUGGGCGAGGUGGGGGGCCCAGGCGAGGGCAGGGAAGGCACGGAGGGAGAGUACGAGUAUCGGGAACACCCCUUCAUCGCCGGCCUGUCCGACGCCCAAGUCCGGAAUCUCCGCUCACAGCUGGGGAUCGUGGCUGAGGGCCGCCCGGUCAGGCCCAUUGUGGAGUUCGAACAUUGCAGCUUCCCCGAGACCUUAACCACCAACAUGAGGCGGGGGGGCUACCUGGUGCCCACCCCCGUACAGAUGCAGAUGGUUCCCCAGGGCCUGACGGGCAGAGACAUCCUCGCCACGGCUGGCACCGGCUCCGGCAAGACAGCCGCCUUCCUGCUGCCCCUCAUCACCAGAGCUAUCAAACAGGGGGGGCCUGGGCCGGUGGGCUUGAUCCUGACCCCCACCCGGGAGCUGGCAAUGCAGAUCGAGAGCCAGGCCAAGGAGCUGAUGCUGGGGCUGCCCAACAUGAGGACUGCGCUGCUGGUGGGCGGCCUGCCCCUCCCCCCACAGCUCCACAGGCUCAGCCAGAGCAUCAAGCUGGUGAUCGCUACCCCAGGGCGGCUGCUGGAAAUCCUGAAGCAGGAAGCGAUCAGCCUGACCGGCCUCCACACCCUGGUCAUCGACGAGGUGGACACCAUGUUGAAGUUGGGGUUCCAGGAGCAGGUGCUGGAGUUGCUGGAGGAGCCGGGGGAGGAGUGCCAGCGGGUGCUGGUGUCGGCCACGCUGCCCGGGGGGCCUGGGGGGCUGGCAGGGCAGCUGCUCAGGGACCCUGUCCGCAUCGCGGUGGGCGAGGAGCGACAGCCCAGCCCCAGCCUCCGUCAACUGGUCCUGUGGGUGGAGGAACCAGCCAAGAAACGCAAACUCUUCCAGAUCCUCAACGACGAGCGGUUGUACCGCCCACCGGUGCUGGUGUUUGUGGAGUGUAAGCUGGGGGCGGAGCUUCUGGCCAGCGCAGUCCAUACUGUCACCGGUCUCCACACGGCCUGUCUGCACUCCGACCGUCCCCAGCCCGAGAGGAGCCGCCUGCUGCAGGGCCUGCUUGAUGGCCAGUACGAGGUGCUGGUCAGUACUGGGGUCCUGGGCCGUGGCCUGGACCUGCUUAAUGUCUCUCUGCUCAUCAACUUCGACAUGGCCGCCAGCGUGGAUGAGUACGUUCAUCAGGUUGGUCGAGCUGGGCGGUUGGGUCAGGGAGGCACCGCCAUCACUUUUAUCAAUAACUCAAGCCGCCGGCACUUCUUGUCCCUGGUGUCGCGGUUGGAGGCCGGAGGGACGCUGCUGCCGGCGGAGCUGCUCAACUCUCCGUACCUCAGCCAGCAACGGCGCCGGGCACAGCGCCAGGGAGAGGCCCGACAGCACCAGACCGUCACCACAGAGAACAUCCUCGACCUUAUCCAUAAACACCAUCGCAGCAAACGCUCACAGCGCUGAGCAGCCAGGCACCGAGACCUCAGCCAGGAACCCAGACCUCAGCCAGGAAACCAGCCCCCGACCAGGAGCCGAGACCUCAACCAGGAACGCUGACUCGGGAAUGUGAGAGGUCUCGGCUCCUGGUCGGGGAAAGAGAAGGGAGUUUCUCUCUCUCCAGGUGUCCAGGCUGACAGGUAAAAUCAUUCACUCACUUCACAGUUGUUUGUGAGAUAUCGUUGCUGUACAGAAAAUGGCCAGCCUUGUUUGCCUACAAAAUACACAGUCACUACACUUCUGGGAAGCA